UUCUUUGGAUUUGGUUUAGAUUUGAUUCGUUUGUGGUCUAUAUAUGAAUUUGGCAUUGAAAUUGAAUUUUGAUGUUCAUUUUAAUCGUUAUUGAUGGUUUACAGAUGAUACUGAUGAGAACGCAAGGACCUCUUAUUAAGUUGGAAGGGUUGAGCACAUCACGUACCUUUUGCAACUUAUACCUUAUAUUUGAGUAUAUGGAACAUGAUCUUAUUGGACUUGCAUCUCGUCCUGGUAUAAAAUUCAUCGAAUCGCAGGUACUCAUCUUGUUAGAGUUUCUGUUUGUUCUGGUAUUAUUUUGUCGUCAUCAAUGACCAUUUAACAAAAUUAUGCAGAAAGAAUGAAUAUUUGGAAGUUUCCUUUUGGUAUGAUUUGAUGCUUAAACUAUAAUGUGGUGCCUAAAUUUCUUUAGGUCAAAUGCUACAUGCAUCAACUUUUGAGCGGACUUGAUAAUUGUCAUAGUCAUGGUGUUCUACAUCGUGACAUAAAGGGUUCAAAUCUUCUUAUUGACAAUAAUGGUAUCUUGAAAAUUGUGGAUUUCGGCUUGGCAAGUUUUUACGAUCCUCAUAAUAGUGUCUCAUUGACGAGCCGCGUGGUUACUCUUUGGUAUAGACCACCGGAACUUCUACUUGGAGCCUCUCAUUAUGGGGUUGCAGUGGAUUUAUGGAGUACUGGUUGCAUUCUCGGAGAACUAUAUUCUGGCAGACCUAUCUUGCCUGGAAAAACAGAGGUUGAGCAGCUACAGAAAAUCUUUAAGCUCUGUGGCUCGCCAUCUGAAGAAUAUUGGAGGAAUUUGCACUUACGCCAUGCAACAGUAAUGAAGCCUCCACAACCUUACAGACGAUGUGUUGCAGAGACAUUUAAAGAACUUCCUGCUCCUGCUAUGAAGCUUAUGGAGACCUUUCUUUCCACAGAUCCUUCCAAUCGAAGGACAACAUCUUUUGCUCUCAAGAGUGAGGUGUGAAUUCUCUUUCGAAAU